AUCCGACGGCUCCUAAUAUCUCUACGGAAGCUGCAAUGGAUGUAAAUAAAUCACAUGAAACCGAACACACAGAGAUUGCGAGGCGUUUCCCUUUCAGAUUCAUAUCGGAGUUUCGAUUCGAUUCGAUUGAAAGUUCGCCGGUAAGAAUUUCCUGGUCGGAGAAGUCAUCGAUCUGAGUUCCCUGUCAGAUUCUUCGGCGCAAUUGUCUUCCUUGAGAAAGGGGACGUGAAUUCUCCCAGGAAAUGGAAGGGAAGAGAAAGAGAAGUUGCAGAACAUCAUCCUUAGGGCCAGGGACUUUCUUACAGUGGGGAAAGAGGAAGAGGCUGAGAUGUCUGAGGGCGAAGGACCGACAGAUCUCAUCUAGACCUAACUGUGUACUCCACAGAAGAAUCCCUUCUCGGGUUCUAGAUAAUGAAACGUUUGUUCUCCGGUCUAACCGUUUCGUCAAGGGUACAGAGGCGGCAAUCGUGAGAUCCGAUGAGCCCAAAUGCCAGCAACCAGUUAGGGUAUAUCUGUCGGAAAAAGACGAGAGAUGUUAUCUGACAAGAGGGUCGGUGGAUAACAAUGGAAAAGUUUGCUUGGAUGACAACAAUGGAGAAGACAAAAACAGGAAAAGGUUGUGAGUGCCAAAGUUGUAUGUAACACUUUCGAGCAAAGAGAAAGAAGAAGAUUUCAUGGCUAUGAAAGGUUGCAAACCACCUCAAAGACCUAAGAAGAGGACCAAAUUCGUCCAAAGAACCUUACUCCUGGUGAGCCCAGGAGCAUGGUUAAGUGAUCUGUGUCCAGACAGAUACGAUGUUAGGGAAAAGAAGAGAUCUAACAAGAGACGAAGAGGAUUAAAAGGCAUCAUGGUGGGGAGUGAGGAAGGAUUAUAAUCCAUUUUCCAGGCAUCAAGCUGAGUUAUAGCAGCUCUUGUUCAAAGUCAGAUUGAGAUUAUGGAUCUGUAGAUGUUUACUGUAAAAUUUAAAAUAAAU